AUGACAUACACUCUCGAGCCUCCACUCCCCGAGACGCCCACACCGCGGGACUACGAGCGCAUCCACUUCAACCCGGCCGAGCUGCCGCGCAAGCGCAUCGUCGGGCUGCUCGCUUGCCAGCGCGAUCCACUCCUACAGGCCCUUACGACGCGUGUAGUAUCCGUGGCGCCGGCCGCUGCACCGCCGCUUGCGCAGAAGGGACGGGCGAAGAAGAAGGACAAGGGAAGCGCAGCCUCCAGUGCUACGGGUACAGGCGCGAACACGCCCGCCGAGCAAGGCAAGCUCUGGGAGGUGGAGCUAGAGGACACGGUCAUCUUCCCGGAAGGUGGUGGGCAGCCGUGGGACACGGGCACGCUGUACGUGACGGAGGCGGGGGAGACGCACGCGCUCGUGAUCGAGGGCUGUGUGCGGCGCAAGCUCGACGCCGUGCACAUGGUGCGCGUGCCGCCUGGCACACGCGUCGACCCCACCGCGCUGCCGGGCACGGACGUGCGCGUCGAAGCGCACUGGGAGCGGCGGAUGGACCACAUGACGAUCCACACGGCGCAGCACCUGCUCUCAGCCGUGCUGGAUGCGCGCGAGCUCCCCACGCUCUCGUGGGGCAUGCCCGCGUGGCCCGCCACGGACGCGCCGUACGUCGAGCUCCCGCGCGGCUUGACGUGGGCCGAGGCCGCCGACGUCGAAGACGAGUGCAACCGGCGGAUCCGGGAGGCGCGGCGCGUCUGGAUCGACUUUAGCAUGCAGGGCGGGGCGAGCGGUGCGAGCGGGGCGGGCGGGGGCGAGAGUGACGACCGCGAAAACCGCGGCAUCCCGAAAGACUAUACCGGCGGCGUGAUCCGCCACUGCAACAUCGACGGGAUCGACCGCAACGCAUGCUGCGGCACGCAGUGCCCCGACCUCUCGCUCGUCGGCUUCAUCCACGUGCUCCCGCCGAGCACGCCGCACGCGGCCUGCGCGCCGUCCUCGCGCGUGCCCACGCGCCUCUUCUUCGUCGCGGGCCCGCGCGCCGUGUCCCACCUCGCGCUCGCGUCCCGCUGGCUCAGCCAGGCUGGGCAGGCGAUCGGCGUGUCGCGCGCCGAGCUCGUGCCGCGCAUCGAGAAGAUCGAGGCGAUACGCUUCGAGACGGACGCGGCGGCCAAGAGCCUCAAAGCCGAGCUGGCGGGGAUCGUGGGCGCCGCCGCGGGCAAGCGCGGUGUGGUGUGGAUCCCGCGCGUGGAGAAAAGCACACACGACUACGAGUUCAUGACGAGCGCUGCGGGCGCGUGGGGUGCUGCCGGGGCCGAGGAGGGCGCGGUCAUCGUGUUCACGAGCGCGCCGCCGGGUGUCAGCCCCACCCUGCUCAUGGUACAGGGCAAGGACGAGGCGCAGUCCAAGAGCGUGUUCGAGGGGAUAAAGAACGCGCUGGACGAUGUCGAUUCCGAAGGCGGAAAGCGCGUCAAGGGUGGCGGCGCGCGCGGGCGCUUCAUGGCCAAAGUCGACGGCAAAUGGGGCAAGCGCGAGAUCGCCGCAGUGCAGGGUGUUAUCGACAACUUUGGCCAAGCCUCUCGUCAGUAG